CACUAAUCAUAGACGCGGACUCAAACCGUGCCAGGCCAGCGCUAAAAAUGUCAGCCUCUCUCCAGCGAUGCAGCCAGCUGUCCUGGAGUCGGUCCAGAUCAGACCAACAUUUGCUGAUCCAGAGGACCCGCUGGGACUGAGCGGACCUGGACCAGUCAGUGGUCUCUGCUGGGCAUUUAGAAGCUUGGUAGGGGGGGUUAAAAUAUUAAGACAGAAGGUUCUUCAUCCUCAGCUGUGUUAUUUAUGAUCGGCGGAGGAGAAAGGAGCUUGGUCAGAAGUCGAUCCAAUUUAUUAUCCUUGCAGACUUGACGCUUCGGUUCGGUGGAGCGCACGUUUCGUUUAGGUGUGAGCAGCGCGUGUGCCGGUGCGCCACAGCUCAGCUGGAAGGCAGCAUCAUGGACCUAGUGAAAAUAGCGGUGUCCUUCCAUAUCCUCCUGGGUCCUGCAUGGACCUCAUCCCGACAUUCCCACAUGGACAGCGUCCUCUCGUCCCGCUCAGUCUUUAGGUUUCUGGAUGGACCGCUGAGGUUUGACCCCUGCUGUCUAAUGUCUCCUCCUCCUCCACUGCUCUUUCCUCCUCCUCCUCCAGAGCUGUGGAAGCAUGGCAGCAGCUCUGAGGCUAUCAGCCUGUUAGAUCCAACUGUUUUAGGAGGUGCGAAGCAGGAAAGAGAAAAUGCUGUGCAUCCAGACUGUUCUCCUGGACCUCCAGGACCUGCAGGACCAAGAGGCCCGGAGGGUCAAAGUGGAUUACCUGGGAUAAGAGGGCCAAAAGGGGAAAAGGGAGAAAUUGGACGUCCAGGGUCAAAGGGUCGCACCGGCGCUCCAGGCCUUCCAGGAAAACCAGGACUUCCAGGACAGCCUGGUCCAGAGGGACCCAAGGGUGAGAGGGGUGACCAAGGACUCAUGGGCUUACCAGGACUCCGAGGUCCAGCAGGGACAAAGGGGUCACGUGGUUACAAAGGUGAUAAGGGUGAGCGAGGUGACUCUGGUUCAUCAGGACCAAAAGGAGACAAGGGCUCCGUUGGUCUGCCGGGCAUGCUGGGACAAAAGGGUGAACUGGGCCCAAAGGGAGAGCUGGGUGUUCCAGGGAAGAGGGGACCAACUGGAAGACCAGGAAAGAGAGGCAAACAGGGUAUGAAGGGCCACACGGGAACCCCGGGAGUCAUGGGCCCUCCAGGGCCUCCUGGUUCUAAUGGCCUCCCUGGUCCACCGGGACCUCCUGCCUCAGGUCUGUUUCUGGUGGGGGAGAAGGGGGAGAAGGGCCUGCCCGGCCCGCCGGGCCGCUGUGACUGUGAUGCUGUCCUCAGAGGCAACAACGCUCCAUUUGGGAACUAUUACACCCAAAGGCGUGGCAGCAACAAGCUCACUCCGAUCUUUGUGGUGAACAGUGAGGAAGAAAUGAAACGUCUGCAUGUAGAAAAUGCAAUAGCCCUGAGGAAGGAUCAAAGGAUGCUUUACUUUAAAGAUAAAGAUGGCUGGACCCCCAUACAGCCAUUCCAGCCGUUCCAGUCUACGGAGAAAGUCCCAGACAGAGUGGGUGUGUGUGGUGAUGGGAAGGUGCAGACCCAGCACGGAGAGGAGUGUGACGACGGAAACCAGAUUGUCACUGACGCAUGUCUAAACUGUAAGUGGGCCUACUGUGGAGACGGUUACCGACAUGAAGGGAUGGAGGAGUGUGAUGGCAAAGACUUUGGUUAUCAGACCUGUAAAUCCUAUCUUGCAGGCUCCUUUGGGCAGCUCCGAUGCACAGACUCCUGCCUCAUCGACUCAACUGGCUGCAAAAACUUCACCUGAUCCCAGAACAUCACAAAUGGUCAUGUGCAUUUUGCUCUUUCUGAUUGUGGAGGGGAAAAAAAGCCUCUGAUUUCAACUGGAGACAGGAAUUACUAAAGAGAGUUCCUGUGUUUGCUUUGAGCAAUGGACAGUAAUGAAAGUCAGCUUUUAAACCAGCUGUCUCCCUGGAGGAUCAGACCUGGACUUGUCUCAGAGAACUGCUGUUUGUGGUCGGCUGCAGCACUGUUACGGGUGGGGGGGAUUGGGGAUUAGUGGGAACUCAUUUUAACAAUGUGAUGAUUGUACUAUAUGAAAAACCUACAAAAUACGACUUGCUGAAUGUUCAUGCAAAAAUAAGCUAUGUUGACACAAGUGAAAACAGCUACAGGUGUGGCUGGAUCAGAGGUGUGAAUGCAUUGAUUCCUGUUUAAUGUAUCAUGAAACAUAUGUAUGGCUUUUGAUAACGCAUGUAAAUGCAUAAUGUUGCUCUAACUGCUGUUUAACUGCUUUAAAAGUACAACUAGAGGAGAGUGUACACAGCCUGAGAAAUACGACUGAAUGUAGCAAACUAAAAAAACAUCCAGGGGUGCAGCAUGAAGAGUUUAGGCAGAACUAAUCAGCUGAUCAUCUUCUGCAUGGAUGCGAAUGUAAUAAAACACAAAACAAUGAGGAACUA